AUGCUCAGACCGGCCACCCCACUCACAGUAAUCCUACUGAUAUCCUUCGUUUUCCUCUUGCUCUCGACGCUGAGUAGUCCGGUCAUACCCAGUAUACCAAUCGCGACCUUCCAAGGCGUUCACUUUGGCGUCUUUGGUUACUGCACACCCAACGAUGGAUGCUCAGGCAUAAAGAUCAAGUAUACGACUGACGGCCUCUUCGACAGCAAUGAGAACCCCGACUUCAACCUUCCUUCCCAAGCUCGACGCUCGCUGUCAUCGCUUCUCAUUGUGCAUCCCAUCGCCGCCUUUCUGAACUUGGUAGUGCUUGCGCUUGCCGCAGCUGCUCAUCUUCACUCGCCCUCACACUCGGCUCGGUACCUCCUUGGUGUGCUUAUACUUCUUCUCCCGACCUUACUGGCCACUUUGCUGGCAUUUCUGGUCGACAUUCUUCUUUUCGUUCCACAUCUCGCAUGGGGAGGAUGGAUCGUCCUGGGGUCAACGGUGCUCAUCACCGCGGCUGGUGUUGUCACAUGUGCCAUGCGGAGGACGCUGGUCUCUAGAAAAGCUAGGAAACGCAGGAUUGCCGAAAAUGCUGAAAUGAGCGGCGAAAACUUCUACAAUCGUCAGGCGGCGCAAGAUGCGAAGCUGGCAAGUGCGACCGUGCCUGCGUUCGCGACAAUGGAAUCGAAAGCUCCAAUGGUUAAUGGCGCUCCCGGAGCGGACAAUCUGCCCUCUUUCACCACCUAUACUUCGGAUUCAAGACGACCUGAGAAUGAGAUAGACACUUUGAAUCGAGGCCCAUCGAGCGUAGCUCGGAGUACCAGCAGAGACGGUCAGAGCGUAAGGAGUUAUCCCAGAAGAUCGAACAGCCUACCUCGAGACCAGUUCGGCAAUCCUGCUCCUGGUGUGGUGCCGCCUAUGCCUGGCUACGACAAUAGACGUCCUCCGCCACCUGGUGGAGCACCAUAUGGCGGCGGCAUGCCACCUCCGCGUGGUGGCUACGGUCCCAGAGGAAGAGGUGGGUAUCCGCCGAGAGGUAGAGGUGGUCCCCGAGGACCUCCACCGGCUGGGUAUCGUGGUCGAGGUGGCUAUCCGGGACCCGGUAGAGGCGGAUAUCCACCUCCAGGUCCCCCUCGUGGUCCUGAUGGCGCGAUGAUGGCUGGUGGGAUGGCAGCUGGAGCUGCUGCAGGCGCGAUGAUGGUAGAGCCAUGCGACCACAACCACCACCGGGCUAUGGACCAGGCCCCAACGAUGAAAGUCAAGUGCCUGGAGCAUACCCGCCUCCGGAUCGUGGUGGCCCCAUGUCGCCGUCUAUAUACUCGACACAAGAUCAUGAUGGAUACGAAGGCUACGGGCGAAGGUCUCAGUCACCUGGAAAUCAACGUCGUCCAUCGCAAGGGAGCAGAGGCCCUAGUAGAGGUGCGUCACCUGCAGGUGGUAUAA